AAAAUUUACAAUUUUAUCGUUUUACACAUACCGAAGCGACGGAUCAGUUUCUGGGCCUGGUUUUAGAACGAUUCAAAUAUACGAUGAAAAUUGCGACCGAGACUAUCAAGAGUUGAACAUCGAGCAUCGUUCUCUUGCAACCGACACUUCCGUCGUCCGCAGUUGGGUGCCAUUUACUGGAAUGCUAAAAAUGUACCUACGGUUUCAUGAAACAUUGACAAUCCAUUUCGCCGACAGCCCAUCCGUGAAAGCUUAUGCGUCUUACCAAUUUGUGUUUGACACAGUUAAGCAAAAAAUGCAUGUCUAUAAAUUGAAGAAUGGAGGAGACAAGACGGAAAUCCACAGUGUAGGAGUUACUCAGAGGUUUAACAAAAAACCAAAUCUGUUGUACAUUUACAAAAAAUCCUCCCAGUGGUUAGUUGGCAAUAAUUACAGGGUUAUAACAAUUGAAGAUACUGCAGGAAUACACAUGAAAUACUGGGGAAUAGCUUGUUCAUCUGUUAAACCUGUCGAGUUAACUUACUGGAAACAUAUAGGUAAAUGUUACCAAAAAGCUGAUUACUUCUGGUUGGCGGACAAGCUCGUCGGUGGAACGACCAUCCCGGAACUACGCCACGGGAAGGACGGUCACAUUCGCGACUUGAACGAAGUGAAAACGUUACCCUUUGGACCUUUUGUUGAUGGACAUACGUCGUCGUCUCUCUAUCUCAGUGGGGCGUGUUCUGGGGGGCUGAACCUUCCAAAGUUUCACAAGGGAUGUCUAUCGGAUGUAACAACUUGUGAUUCUGGAUUCACGAUGGCAUUUUGGGUUUCUGCGUUGGAUGCGAAACCGGCCAGCGAGGACAAGCAGGUUUUUUGGCUGCCGGACUUAGGAUUGUCUUUAACCUACAAAUCUUCAACGGCCGACGUUCAAAUAAAGUCUGGUGAAAAAGAUUACACAUUAUCCUUUCACAUUGGGAGAAAGGACUGGUCUCAUGUUUUCAUAUUUUGGGAUCCAGUCAACGGUGUUAAAGCACUGAUUGACAACUUGAAGGAGGUUUCUGGCACCUCAACUAACCAAAUCAGUCCUUCAGGACCCGGCUACACGAGUUUUCAAGUUGGUCAAAAGUCAAGUGCCCUAACAGGAUGCGCACGCAUGGCAGUACGUGAUAUUGCAUUGUGGGAACGCCGUAUCAGCAUGGCCGAAGCACAUGAAUAUUAUCAUUGUAACAAUUUUGAAAAACCUUGGGAGUUCACGGUGAACUCUCAUGGAGUACCGACGACAACCGGCACCUUUCCUUUUCCUGCACAAAACAUUGCGUCUUUUAAACACGGAGGAAGCUGUGUAUCAGAAUAUGGUGCAUGUCAUGCAGUCAUUGAUGGUACUGGUUUAUGCGGCUGGGGAAGAUCAAUUUUCUUGAAAUUCGACAAAGAGUAUAUUGUCAACAAAGUGUUGUUUAGUAGUUGGUACGGGGAAAGAAGUCUGACCAUUAAGUUUUCAGACGGGGCGACGGAGAAGUUCCAUUUGGGAAAUGUAUCUCAUGUUCAAGAAAUAUACUUUGAAGAUAAAUCAACAAAUUCAUUGGAUAUUUCGGUGGAGAACACUAUUGUACCGUAUGUCUAUGAAAUCAGCGUUUAUUAUGAUUUUUCUCCAGAUCGUCUGCCAAGUUCGUAUAUCAACUGGGCUCGGGGAUCUCGCGUCACAACGCAGGCUGGUAAAGCAAUCCGCCCUUACGUUGUCGAUGGGUUAACUUACGACUGGGACAAAACAGUUGUUAGCACAACUGAAGAAGGUGCAUCGUCCACGCCACAACCUGCCUCAUGCGACAGCUACAAGUGGAUAAAAAUUAAACUUCCUCGUGAAGUAAAGUUGAACCUCCUUAGACUUUGGUUGAUAAGCGACGUUGCCAAGUAUGAUCACCUGAAGAUGUUUGAAUUGGAGUUCUCAAACGAAAAGAAAUUUGAGUAUCUCUCAAAUUUGCCUGUUAAUGAAACCGUCUCGACGUACUGGAAUGAAUUCUUUUUCUAUACUGUUACCAAGGAUUCGAUAAAACUUUCUUUUCUUGAUACACAUGAAAUGACAAAGAAGAAAAUUGCCGUAAAGGAAGUUGAGCUUUUCUUCGAUUCUUCUAAAGGUUUUCUUGCCUCGAAAACUAUCGUUGACAAUGAUGGAGCCCGCAUCGCAGAGAAGGGACUGUCGACGGCUAAAUUUGGUCCCUUUGAUUUUUCUAUCAACUUUCGCGUUAAAAUGACGCAAGCCAACGCUAAAUUUAUCGGACGAAAAAACGGGGAAAAUUUGUACAGAACAAUGAUUAAAACAACUGAUGACUUCAACCUGCACAUUCGAAUUGGAUUACACAACAUUUAUUCAGUUUCCAGUGUUGCUGAUGGAACUUGGAAAAGCGUUAUGUUGUUUUAUAAUGCACGGGAAAGCCUGUUGUCAUUAUUCAUUGAUAAGCGUCUGGAGUCCAGUCUUAUUGCGCUUGUCCCAGAAGAAGCGGAUGGCUGGGAAUGGGAGACUGGUACGACAUUGAACAGUGGGUUCACUGGAACCUUAGUCAACUUUGUAAUCUAUCACGAUGUUCGAGGUUUUGGCAUGAAAAACUACAUAAUCCCCGACUCCGCUCUGUCGGUGUCUUCUGCUUCAAGUGAUACUACUGGAGCAAACAUGGCUCGUCUUUACAGAGAAGGCGCAUGGGUAAUAGCUCCGGAGAAAAACGACCAACAGCAAUAUUUGCAAGUUGAUUUGGGCAUCGCUCGUCGUGUUGGUUAUGUCGCCUUUCAAGGCCACGACAAUAUGUGGGUGACCUCAGCUCGAAUAUCAUACAGCAUGGAUGCUCUGGAGUGGACCUUCUUCCUUGAUACAGAACAGAAAGCGCAGAUAUUCAAAGCUUCUGAAAACGCAAACGCUGUUGCCAUGGUAAUGUUGUAUACCCCCGUUGUCGCACGGUAUAUCCGCAUAUAUCCAUAUUUAGCAAAUGUUGGCAUGGCUUUGAAGACGGAAAUUUACGACUAUAAUUAUGGUCUUCCAUUCAACUCAGUGCUACGCUAUAAUGUGCCUUCAUACAAGGGCUGCAUCAAAGGAGAAGACUUUUUUAAGCAGAACGUAUUUCUACCCAAGUUUUUCAAAUCUUCAAAAAGCACUCCUGAAGACUGUAAACACGCCUGUGGCUCGGAAGGCUACAAAAUGGCAGGCUUGUUUCAAGGUUCAUUGUGUUAUUGCAUGAAAGAAACGAUGAAAUUCACUAAACUAGCUGAUGCUCGUUGCUCAUUUCCUUGCCCUGGAAAUCCGGUGCUCCACUGCGGUGGGGAAACAGCCGUUAGUUUAUACGAAGUAUCCUGUCCGCCGUUAUGCAGUGACUGUACUGUUGGUAUUUAUUCCGACCCAUUGAAUGUAUUGUUCAAGAAGCAAAUAAUCUUCACAAAUUUCACCGGUAAUGCGGUCGUUGGCAUUGACGUUAGUUUGAAUGGAGUUCACAUGGUUAAUGUUACAACAGGUGAAUUUGAACACAUAUUUGUUGAUUCUGGUCAAUUGAUUCUAAUUGCCGAAGCCCGAGAUUCUCUUGAAAGACAGGUUGCUGUGGCAACAACAGAAAUCACUGCACAUUGUCAAGCAUACACCACCAUCUUAACUUGCCCGGAGUGGGUUCUUAAAGGAGAGACUUAUGAAUGCAAAUUGUAUAUACAGCGGGGAACUGGGACGAAUGUGAACUGUACUAUUGAUGGGGAGGAUGUGCCACUAGAGAUAGACGAUAACAUGUUAUUUAAAACGGGCGAAAUUCUCGAAGAAAAUCCAGUCGCUGUUGUCAAUGACAGUUCCACAACAAUUCUUCCAGCUCAAUUUUCGCUUCUCUCUGGCAUGAUCACAGGGUUUGAGUUCAUGACUAGCGGCCCUGGAAGCCUCUCUAUCAAGGUUUUUAGACCAACUUGUGAGGCUGGGACUAAAUAUUGUCAAACCAAUUACAAGUGUGUGUCCACCAGCGUUUUCAGUCAAGAAUGCCUACAGGGGAACCCACCAAGAACCCUGAAUACGUUUCCGUCCACUGGUAAAAUGUGCGAUGAUUCAGAUCCGUAUUGCCCGACUCGGAAACCGCCCUCCAACGUGACUUCCCGUUUUCAGGUAAUAUACGAUAAACAAUUUCAGUUUUCCCGCGCUGGGCUCCAUGCUGUGAAGCCAAACCAAUUUACACGUGUGUUUCCUGGAGACAUGAUAGGUUACUCUGAUGCUGUCAAUCUUCAGUACAAAACGACGGGCGUAUCAUUCCGGGCGGAAGAAAGCGAGACGGGGUUCUAUACCCCGGUGGCUCGGGUUGAAGGCCGCACGGCACUUCUUCGUGGUCAUUACGCAGCCCCCCGGAGUUUGUUUUUUAAUUUGAAUAAAACCGGUGAACUCAACUGUCAAGUUGGUAACGAAAUCUUGCAAAAAACUCUGGUCGCACAAAUCAAUGCGUAUGAAAUUAUCGAAGAUGUGGUCUUGAUGUUACCCGAUUUUACCGCGACUAACCAACUAACAGUAAUCGCGGUACCUGGACACCCCGGUUUAAACGUGAACUACACGUUUCAUUUCGAUGAGAACGAUACCAUUGUUGUUGCCAAUAAACACUCUCAUGACGGGUUGAACAUUAGCCAUACCUUCACUCACUCCGGGUUACACCAAGUCAAUUUAACGGUGACUAAUAUUCGAUAUACCGUCAAUGUUUCCUCGUGGAUACGUGUGUUAGACCCCAUCACUGAGCUAACCUGGGAUUGCCCGAUGUACCUAGCAAUGAAUGAUCAAACUAGAAUCCCUUUUAGUGCUAAUUCUGGGCAGAAUGUUACAGUUACCGCUCAAUUUGGAGAUGGCAAUUCCUUCACUCAAGGACAGCUUGAUUUUGUACCUGGAACUAAGAAUUACCUGCCGCAUACCUACAUGACGACGGGCUCAUAUAACGUUAGCCUUUUUGCAGAAAACGCGGUCAGUGUUGCAUACCUAACUGGACUGGUAAUUGGUAUGAAACCUGUUGAUAAUGUCACUCUUACCGUAGAGAGUGAAAGUGGUACCCACCAGGAUAAUACAUUUCCGCUGGAAGCACCUUUGGUCUUAACUAUUGCCAGCAAUGGUGAUGCUGUAAGUUUUGAAGUUAACUUUGGAGAUUCCUCGGCUCAAAAUGUCACGGAAGAAACAUCGUUAAGCCAUCUCUAUACUGAGACUGGAACCUACACGAUUACUGUCAAUGCCUCAAAUCUUGUUAGCCAUAAAACUACUAAUGUAUCGGUAACUUUGCUAGAGUCAGUUCAAAAUAUACAAAUUGACAAUGAUGGUCCAGUUAAACUUGGAGAACCGAUGACCUUUGAGGUCAGCAUGAAACAAAUGGGCACAUAUCCUUGCUACUAUUUCAACCUCGGAGAUGGGACUGAGUUCGUUUACCGAGGCGCCUUCUUGGCCACGUGUCCCAAAGACUUCGAUCACGUGACAGACAUUCGUUAUAUUACGUCAUCUGAUAAGAUCCAAUUCACUCACACCUACACCAACGUCACAGUGUAUCAGGUGACCUGCGUCGGCUCGAAUCCAGUCUCCAAGGAAGAUGUUAAAAUUGAGACGGUCGUCGUGAACAAGCCUUGUACGUCACCUGUCGUCAGCAUCGAGGGACUCGCGCAAAGCGUGGAAAGCGCGCGGGAAUUUAUGCGGUCAGAGGAAUUCGAGAUUAUUACUAAGAACACGAUUGAUUGCGAAGCAACAUCAGUGACGGAUUUUGAAUGGAAAGUAUUUAAGGUGACUUCGCUGGGUUUCUCGGAAGAUGAAAGCGAGGAAAUAUCACUGCCUCAUAUUAAGAUGGAUGACUGGAAAGUUGUUUUCACCCCCCGAUCUUUGGGCUACGGUGUAUAUUACAUUCGUUUUACCCUCACCAUGGUCGGUGUCGAGGGUGUUAGUUCUUCCACUUUCGGAUACGUCAAAAUUACACCAUCGCCGAUUGUUGCCGAGGUUCGUGGUGGCUCGACGCGUUUCGUGGGAUUCAACAAAGUGAUUUCACUUGAUGGCGGAGUUUCACGGGAUCCUGAUGUUGAAGAAGGCGAUUAUGAAGGGAUGUAUUUCUACUGGCAUUGUAAGCGGAGCGACGAUAACUACACAUUUCCCGCCGAACCAGAGGCAAUAAAGCAGUCGAGAAUAGCGAAUAUUACCAACGGCACUAGUUUUGUUGACUUUGGUGGCUGUUUUGGUCAAGGACCUGGCCGCUUGAAUUACUCAAACACAACGUUGGCGAUAGAUGUUGACACUGGACUUAUGAGGGAGAAUGCUUCAUAUACACUGCAACUUUUGGUGAAGAAAGAUUUCAGGAGAAGUCUUUUUAAUUUAUUUCUGAAGGUUAUUACUGGGGAUCCACCUACUGUAGCCCUAAGCUGUUUGAGAAAUUGUCUCGAGAAAUUCAACCCUUCCACGAAAGUGUCCCUGGAGGUGACAUGUGAGGAUUGCAGGAGCGCCAUGAAUUACCGCUGGGAGGUUUACCUGUUCAACGAAGGCUCCUGGGAUAUGAUUGAUAAUCACGAGGAGAUCAUACUAACGCGACCGUCGUCGCCAAAUUUGGUCAUCAAGGAGGAAUCGUUGCUCGGUAAUCGGACGUACAAGAUUCGGGUAGCGGCGUGGAGACACGGAGGCAAUCCGGGCAUUGCCGAACUUGUACGAACUGUCAACAUACCGCCUUACGAUGGAUGGUGUCAUGCUAGUCCUCUAACGGGAUACGCUUUGGAUACCUUAUUCGGAAUCACCUGCGGAGAUUGGAUUGACGACAAUCUGCCACUGAAGUACACGUUUUCAUAUUUCCCUGGCACGGGAACGCUGGAGUCUUUGGUUUACGUCGGAGGGAACUCGUUCAGCCCCAACGUGACAUUCCCGACUGGCCAAGAUGCGAAUAACACGCUCUACUUUGUGGUUCUUAUAACAGAUUCGUUAGAUGCUUCGACUCUCGUUCAAACCGAAGUUCAGGUUAAUCCUACGAAUACUGACGCACUUAAAUCGAAGGUCGAAGAUCUUACAUCGACUAACGGCACUCUGAAAAGCAUGUUGUCAUCUGGUGACACACAAAAUGCGUUUCAAAUGAUUUCCGCUGUCGGGAAUAUGUUAAAUUUUGAGUCGGAGAAAAGUGAGAAAAGUGAAGAGUCGGUGGAUACUGGCAAGAACACCACGGGUGAGCCACAGGACGAGAACAGCAAAGUAAAGGAAGAAGAAAAGAAAGAGGAGGCGAAGAAAGAAAAUACGAAGUUGCGCACCAGUUUGGUGAACGUGAUUUCAAAUGCCCCGGUGAAGACGUUGGAAGAUGCACAUCGUACCUCGGCUGUACUUGGUACCGUUACCAAGGAAACGGAGGAAGUCUCUCAGGAGGCCCAAGAAACAGCGACUUCAACUUUAGCAACAGUUGGCGACGUUCUGGAGUCCGAGGCUGAGAAACCUGGAACCCACCCAAGAACUGUCGCUAAGACAGCAGAAGCCGUAUUAUCUGGGCUGGGAAACGUUAUUCAAGCCGCAUUUUUUGUCGAAGAACCAGUGGCACCCCAGCAACCUAGCGUGGGAGAGACCGCAAGCGAGUCAAGGACCAGUGAAAGUAGCCAGACCUCACAGUCGAGAGCAACGAAAGCACCACCUGUGAAAGCAGAGGAGGAGAAUGAUGAUGAUGAUGAUGAAGAAUCCGAGAAGAAACAGAAGAAAAAGGAAUUGGCAGAUAAGUUAAUGUCGGUGGUGAAAAAAGUUGCGAAAGCUGUAACAACGAACAAGGCGCCGGGCGAGGAAGCGACUCGUAUUGACACUCCUUAUCUCUCCCUGGAAGUUUAUCGCGAAAAUCCUGAAGAAUUGGAUUCGAAAUUUCUAACCGCAGGAUCAGGAAGCUUUGCUUUACCGCAAAUGAGCGGUAUGCUGAAUGGAAGCGGAACAUGUGAUGUGUCUACUGUUGCUACCCCAACCAAUCCGUUUGAAGAUGACGCCAACCGCAUACACUCCGUCGUCAUGACGACUGAAAUAAGAAACGCUUCUGGAGGAAUCUCAGUCGCGGACCUCGACGAUCCCAUCGACAUUCGCUUACCACGUGACCCGAAACCAGUCCCCUCGGACCGUGUCUACGAAGCCAUGGCGGGAAAGAUGAUAAUGCAUAAAUUCCCGGUGACUCACAACGAUAGCUCGAUAAAUAUUGAACUAAAUUUAGUCGGAAAUUGCUCAGAACGUGCCAACUUUAGCCUGUAUUUACAAAAACAUCGCAAGCCCUCAGUUCAUGAACAUAUGUUUAAUAUAACAAUUCCUGAUUAUGAAUUUACGCUCGAGUAUAAUAACAGAUCAAAAAGUCCAAACACAUUCUUUCUGUCCAAUGUUGAUUUAAACCGUCAGGCAACAGGCACCUUUUAUGUUGGGGUAAUCUACAACAGACCAGAUGUCGAAUGCCCGGAAACAAUGAACUAUACUUUGAAUAUUUAUACAUCUGGCUGUCUGUACUACGAUGAAGACGAGGAGGUCUGGAAGGGAGAUGGCUGUACGGUUGGGUUCUUGACGAACAUGAAUGAGACACAAUGUCUUUGCAAUCAUCUCACUUCGUUUGGUGGCGAUUUUGUUGUUGCUCCAAAUUCCAUCGACUGGGACGCCGUGGCAGCCGGGUUCAGCAAUCUGGAUGAAAAUCCAAUCGUGUUUGCUGUGGUCUUGUCCAUUAUUUGUCUUUACUUCAUCAUGUUGCUUUGGGUUCGACGCAAGGAUAAGAAAGAUCUUGAAGAGUUCGUCACCAUUCCUCUACCGGACAACGAUCCUCGUGACAACUAUAACUAUGAGGUCACAGUGUAUACAGGACACCCAAAUGAUUCUGGUACGACAGCCAAGGUCUUCAUCGUCAUCUCAGGAAGCGAACACGACACGGAGCCGCGCGCUCUCGUGGACUCAACCAACACCGCCUUAAAAGCGGGCGGUGUGGACACCUUCAUCCUGAGCGUGCCCUCAAAACUUGGCAAGAUCGAUCACGUGCGAGUAUGGCAUGACAACACGGGGAAUUCCCCGAGCUGGUUCCUAAAUCGAAUCCUAGUUCGCGACGUUCAAACGAAUCGAAAGACCUGGUUUCUUUGCGACCAGUGGUUUGCAGUGGAGGAAGAUGAUGGUCUUAUUGAUCGCGCUCUUCCCGCGGCGACUAAAGAUGAUCUGACUUCGUUCAACUUCUUGUUUUCGAUCGAGGCUAGAAGAAAGUUGUUCGACGAACAUUUGUGGUUCAGCGUUCUUUCGAGACGUCCACGCAAUCAGUUCACACGCGCGCAACGUCUUUCGUGUUGUCUCGCGUUCUUAUUAUCAACGAUGUUGGCAAACGCCAUGUUCUAUCAGACCGAUGAUACCUCCUCUUCUGGCAACGAUGUGCGUGCUGGCCCUCUCGUGUUCUCUCUGAAGCAGUUAUGGAUUGGAUUCAUAAGUUGCUUAGUGAUUUUGCCCGUCAAUCUUCUUAUCGUGUAUAUAUUCAGGAAUGUGCGACCCAAGGAGGAACCAAAUGCCGGGAGCAAAGAUUCCGAUAAUGCUCGAAAGUAUGCGCUGGAUGACGAGACUGAAAACAACGUUUUUUCAGAUCCAACUGAGAAUUUAGUCGGCUGUUCAAAGAACUCGCUUCCGAGAAAAUUAAUCUACGUUGCUUAUAUUCUUCUCUUCCUAACAAUCUCCAUCUCAGCAACAUUCACAAUCUUCUACGGUUUCACAUUUGGCAAAGAAAAAUCAGAAAAGUGGAUCAGCUCCACUCUGAUAUCUUUUGUUCAAGACUUGAUGCUCUUCCAGCCUCUUAAAGUCUUCGCAGCAGCAACGAUCAUUGCGCUCAUCAUUAAGGAUCCAAAUAAAGUCGACCAGGGGGAUACGAGUGACAGCAAGCCAGGACAAGCUGAACAGGACAAUGGCGAAUCGAUUGACGACGAAGAGAAAUCGAUAUUCCCCGACGACAAUUUCCGUGAGCCAAGGACACCAAGGUCAGUGAUGAAGCCUCUUCCAGCCGCGCAACUGGUGGCCGUGAGGGAACUGCGUACGAAACAGAAGAAAAUGCGUCGCAUCAUUAGCGAAGUGUGUUGGUACAUUGCGUAUCUUGUGUUGGUAUCCAUUGUUGCCUAUGGUAACCGCGAUCCUAAGGCGUAUUUGGUUACCAAGACGAUGAACGAUUUAUUUGUCGAGAAUAAAUAUACGGCGAGAAUGCGCUUUGAAGAUAUUUCUAACAUUCAACAAUACUGGAGUUGGCUUCACAACAGCAUCUUGCCUGCAAUCAGCCCUCCUUUCUGGUAUGGUCCAUAUGGUUUGGAUGAUAUUGAGACCAUCUCGAAGACAAUUGCCAGUAAAUCUCGCGCAAAGGCGAAAUCAAAGAGCACGAAAACCAAAACAAGCAGUUCUUCGGGGUCAGAUGAUUUGAAGGCGGCCUAUCAUGAUUAUCCUGAGCAAUUCACGGCUGACAGAGCAGUGUCGUAUGUGGUUGGUUUGGCCAGAGCUCGCCAACUCAGGAAUACUCUGGAAGAUUCUUGUGUUGUUCACCCGACCGUGCGUCAUCUCCACCGCCAAUGUAAUAAAGAGUACAGUUGGUCAAACAAGGACGAAGGAUGUUAUAAUGUCAGUUGGUCGGCAUUUAACGGAUCUGAACAUAAUUGCAAACAACUGAAAGGUGGAAAAUCUGCGUGGAAAUAUCGCACAGCCAGGGACCUCAAAGGAACGCCAUUCUGGGGCAAGUUUCAUAACUACUGGGGCGGAGGCUACGUGUGGAAUCUGGACAGCAGCUUAUCUGUGGUUCAACAGGAGGGGAAAAUGCUGGAGAAACAAUCCUGGCUUGACGAUCAAACCCGGGCAGUUUUCUUCGAGUUCAUUGUGUACAACGCGUUCACGAACUUCUUCUGUACCGUAACUUUACUCCUGGAGAAGCAAAUCACCGGGGGAAUUUACCCGUACGGACAAAUACACACUCUACGAUUAUACCAUUACGUUGGCACGGAGGCCUUUAUCACCCUGGUAUGUGAGCUGAUCUUCGUGGGCGUCCUGUGUUACAUCUUCACUCGUGAAUUGAAAGAGGCCCGGAGCUCCGGUAUCAAGAAAUAUUUCAAAGACCCCUGGAAUUAUUUUGAUAUUCUGGGACUGCUCUUCUCAUUCGCCGCUAUUGGGCUGUAUUUUGCAAGAAUGGCCGCAACUUCCCUAGCUUUAAGACGAAUCAAUAAAAACCGAGAUACUUUUGUCAGUUUUCACUACGUAAGCGCUAUAGACCAGUCGUUCACAGUGCUAUUAGGCCUCGCUGUUUUUGUCUAUUUCAUGAAAGUUCUCCGACUUUUACGUUUCAACCGCAAGAUCAGCCUUCUUUCAACGACUCUGAUUGCGUGCACGGAAACAUUGCUCGGCUUCCUGUUCACUUACAUGCUCCUGUUCGCCGCUUACGCGCAAUUAAUGUACUUGGUGUAUGGUCGAGAUAUGCCUGAAUUUGCGACCUAUCAAAGAUGCCUUUCUGGUCUCAUGGAAAUGACACUUGGUUCAAGCGAUUUUGACGGUAUGAACGCGACAAACCGGAUCCUAACCAGUUUCAUUUUCUUUAGUUACACUUUGCUAAACACCUGUGUUUACAUGAACCUGUUUAUUUCGAUUUUGAGCGAGACGUUCUCCGAAGUUCGUGCAGACGUGUUGCUUCAACCGAACGACUACGAGAUUGUGGAUUUCAUGAUCAAGAGUUUGAAGAAAACCGUUCUCCGACAGGUGGCGCCGAUGACGGAGCCCAUCUACAAAGAACCUAAAGAUGACAUCGACCUUGGAGUGGACAAGAUUUCUGAAACUUCAGAAUGUAUACAAAGUGCUCUGCAAGGGCAGUGUAAAGAAGAUAUUCGUCAGGCGCUUUGGUUUCGAGAUAGGAGCAAAAUGAAAGAAAAGGGAGUUCUUUUAAACAUUUUACUGGAAAGUGGCGAAAUUUUCACGGAGAAUGAUAUAGGUGAAGCUAUACCUUUGUUUGAUGGUAUCUUAAAGAGACAUACACUCGAUGAACUCUUGGUUAUUCAGAAAAAUCAAAGAAGAAGAAUCGCUUCAGAAUUUGAGGAGUCGUUUAGUUCCAGUUGGCGUAGCUCAAGGUUUAGUCCCAGGGAAGCGAGCCAGAUAUUUACCGAGGAUGGUGUUUUUUAUGGUGAUGGUGAAUGCCAGUCGAAUGCUGAUUGUGGAGAUGGUAGUGGCGAUGAUGAUAAUGGUGUUGGUGGUGAUUAUGAUCACGAUAAUGUUGCUCCAAAUGAUGAUUGCAAUCGUGAUGAUGUUGGUAAUAAUGGUGAUAGUGAUUGUGAUCACGAUAAUGGGAAUUAUGAUCACGAUAAUGAUGACUGUCAUCACGAUGAUGGUGAUUAUGAUCACGAUAAUUAUGACUGCCAUCACGAUGAUGGUGAUUAUGAUCACGAUAAUGACGACUGCCAUCACGAUGAUGGUGAUUACGAGCAUGAUAAUGAUGACUGUCAUCACGAUGAUGGUGAUUAUGAACACGAUAAUGAUGAAGAUAGUAAUGAUGGUCGUGAUGAAAGUAAUGAUGAUGAUAAUGGUCGUAAUGAUGAAGAUGAUGGUGGUAAUGAUAACAUUGGUAGAUUUAGUGAUGGUCCACGUCCUGUUAGUGGUGAUGAUAAUGAAAGUGACAACGAAGAUGGUGAUGAUAAUAAUUUUGAUGAUAGUGAUUGUGGGAAUGAUGAUAACGAGUCGUUACACGAUGCUGGUUCCAACAACGAGGACAAUGCUAGUCAAAAUGGUGGUGACUUGUACUAUGAUGGCCCUGAACGUGAAUCCAACAGCAAGCUUCGUCUUGUCAACCAACAACCUGUCAAAGAUUUGGAGAAAGAUGAUCUUAACAGUGUUUACUCGACCAGUCACCUGAGUCUUCGAAACCAUGAUUACGUCAUCUCAAUGGAAUCGGACGAGGGAAUGAUGUAAAAGAGAAAAUUUGUAGGAAAUAACUGUCCACUGCAAAUAACUUUCAUAACUUUCCAGUAACGUAUUUAUAAAACAUAUUUAUAUUGAUAAACACACUUGUUAAACAACAAUAAACUCACUCUGACAGGUGCGUAGCCAGCCUGACGAUCAGCGGGAUAAAAUCGUCAUGCUGGCUAAGGCACUGACUCUGAAUUCCAGAACAUUUACCACAAGUAGCCUAAAAUAUGGCUACCCAACAGAAGGUGGCGCCUGGUGCGUUACCUUGAUGUAAAUGUUAAUGCACAAUUGUACAGAUGUUAAUC